CAAGCGCUCACUCAAGCUACGGUUUGGAUAGCUACCGAUGCCCCCAGUUGCCGCCCUGCAUCGCCCCGAGCGACUUUUAUCCAGCCACGAAGCACCAAGUCUUGGCCGAUGGCGUUCAGGAGGGCUCUGAAACGGACGGCCCUUGUAGGUGGUGGGGCGGUUGCCACAGCGUUUGGCCUGUCACAGCUGAUCGAGUACAGAAAGACACAGGCUCGGUUGGCCCAAGUGGCGGCAGAAGCAGAGCUGAAGGUUCCCUUCGUCAAUGAGCUCCCCUCUCGGCAGGCGCAGCUCGCAGCGCUGACAAACACAGAGGAGUUCGACGUUCUGGUUGUCGGAGGAGGGGCCACGGGGGCAGGAUGUGCCUUAGACGCUGUCACACGCAACCUUAAGACUGCUCUCGUCGAGAGAAGCGACUUCUCUUCUGGCACGAGCAGCCGAAGCACCAAGCUCAUCCACGGUGGAGUCCGCUAUCUGCAGAAGGCCAUCAUGAAGCUGGACUAUGAGCAGUACAUGAUGGUGAAAGAGGCCCUCCAUGAGCGAGCCAACCUGCUGGAGAUUGCACCUCACCUGUCUGCGCCAUUACCCAUCAUGCUUCCUGUUUACAAAUGGUGGCAGUUGCCUUACUACUGGGCAGGGAUCAAGAUGUACGACUUGGUGGCAGGGAGCCAGUGCCUGAAGAGCAGCUACGUCCUCAGCAAGACGAAGGCCUUGGAGCUCUUCCCCAUGCUGAAGAAGGACAAGUUGGUGGGGGCCAUCGUGUACUACGACGGUCAGCACAAUGAUGCCCGUAUGAACCUGGCCAUCGCCCUCAGUGCCGCCCGCUACGGCGCCGCCAUCGCAAACUACACCGAGGUGAUUCACCUGCUGAAGAAAAAGGACCCACAGAGCGGCAGAGAGAAGGUGUGCGGUGCCCGCUGCAGGGACGUCAUCACAGGGCAGGAAUUUGACGUGAGGGCCAAGUGUGUGAUCAACGCCACCGGACCGUUCACAGACGCUCUGAGGAAGAUGGACAACCAGGAGGCCUCGAACAUCUGCCAGCCCAGUGCUGGAGUUCACAUCGUCAUCCCCGGAUACUACAGUCCUGACAACAUGGGUCUCCUCGAUCCAGCCACCAGCGAUGGUCGUGUCAUCUUCUUCCUGCCGUGGGAGAACAUGACCAUCGCCGGAACAACCGACACCCCCACUAGCGUGACAGCCCACCCAAUCCCAGGGGAGGACGACAUCAACUUCAUCCUGAGGGAGGUCCGCAAUUAUCUCAGCCCUGAUGUAGAAGUGCGUCGAGGAGACGUGUUGGCAGCGUGGAGCGGCAUACGUCCCCUAGUGACGGACCCCAGCUCCAAAGACACCCAGUCCAUCUGCAGGAACCACAUCGUCAGCAUCAGUGACAGCGGACUGGUCACAAUCGCUGGUGGGAAAUGGACCACCUACAGAUCUAUGGCUGAAGAGACCCUGGACUCAACAAUUAAGGCCCACGGCCUGCCAGCUGACUCCUGCAAGACUGUUGGUCUGAUGCUGGAGGGAGCCAAGGGGUGGACGCCAACCCUUUACAUCCGCCUGGUGCAGGACUACGGCCUGGAGAAAGAGGUCGCUCAACACCUGGCCUCCACGUAUGGGGGAAGGGCAUUCGACGUUGCCAAAAUGGCUCAGGUUACUGGGCAGAGAUGGCCGAUCGUCGGGAAAAGAUUGGUGUCUGAAUUCCCGUACAUCGAGAGCGAGGUGCUAUAUGCGAUUAAGGAGUACGCCUGCACCGCCAUCGAUGUCAUCGCCCGGCGAACUCGCCUGGGCUUCCUGAAUGUGCAGGCGGCUGACGAGGCGCUCCCACGUAUCGUCCAGAUCAUGGGCAAAGAACUGGACUGGAGUCAGGAGAAGAGGACGGAGGAACUCGAGUCUGACAGGUACAAGAAGCGUUUCCAUAAGUUUGACAAAGAGAGCAAAGGAUUCAUCACCACUGUUGACGUCCAGCGAGUUUUACAGAGCAUCAAUGUGCACAUUGAUGAAAACGCGCUCCAUGAAAUCCUUAAUGAAGUGGACCUCAACAAGAACGGACAAGUCGAAAUUGAUGAAUUCCUGCAGCUGAUGAGCGCCGUGAAGAAGGGACACGUGUCGGACAGCCGCCUGGCCAUUCUGAUGAAAACUGCAGAGGAGACUCUGGAUCAGAGGGAACCGGUGUCGGUGGACCGAAGCGGGGGCGGAGUCUGAGUUGGAUGCCAAAAAAAAAAACAAAAAAAAAAACAACCUUUAAAGGUGGUGAUGACACAAAAAAAAUAUGCAAAUGGAGCUAUUUGAAUGACAAUAUUGCAAUCAAGCAUGCAGCCGGAUGAAUUUGGACAAAUCAAGCACUCCUGUGUGUUUUGGGUGAAACGGUAUCUAAUGAUUGAGGCUGAGAUGUGUCUGUUUGUUUCAUCUGUUAUGUCCAAAGUCUUAACAUCUGGUGCCUCAGACCACACACACAACAUUUUAUACUGUCUUUUUACGCAGCACUUUUAAUACUUUGACGUUCUCUUUGUCCAGCACUCCUUGAUUGACGCUGAUUAUUGUGUAAAUACCAUCUUCAGGUGGCUUUGCUUUACGCAACACAAUUUACAGAUAAAUGUGAAGUUUCCUAGAAAAAGAAGGAAAAAAAAGCAAUUUGGUUCCAGGUAUUGAAAACAGAGCACUUCAUUUACGUUUCUCAAAAAUAAUCACCCUUUUAUUAAGUGAAAAAAGGUUUUAGCAGCUGCUUGAGGAAGAUGCUUUCACCUUUUCAGGACGCCCGUUCUAGCUGUUGUUCAGUCAUCGUACGUUAGCUGUAUCAGUCAACUCGUAUAUGACUAAAUGGUUGACAGGAUGCGAGCAGCAGAAUAAAAAGAAAAGAGAACUUGAAUGUGCCACUUCAGCCAGAAGAGGCGAAUAUGCGAGGCUGAAGAGGAAGAAAGCGGGUAUUUGAUAAUUGUAGUGGCAAUUUAAACCAGUUUUGCUACCGAGGCGCUGCCAGAGACGUUUAAUUGGUGAGGUCUUGAUUGUCCGUUUCUAAAGUUAUAGUUCAGCUCGGGCAAAAUGUCCACAUGAAUCAACUACAAUCAAACAAAAUCCAUUUGUGUAUCCAAUAUAUAUCCAUUAAAUCUAGAGCGGGAAGAAUCGAUACAUUGUAGUAUCACAGCAUUUUGUAUGCUGAUGUUGUAUCGAUACAGGGAGACCAAACAUCUGUACUUUAUUAGAAAAUUAAAAUACAACCGAUAUGUGAUUUUCAUUCAUUUUAACAGUUAAUAUAUUACAAGAAAAACAGACUGAUAGCAAAUUGACUCUGUCUUUUUUUAAGAUUUUAAUGACAACUUUAUCUUAUUGUUCAAAGCAUACUGAUAUUGACAAAUAUUGAGGACAUAAGUAGUGAUAGUUUGUCACUGCUGUAAUUAAUUUAGUUUUAUUUAUUAGUUUUAAUUUAGUUUUACAUAGCACAAAAUCACAAGAACGGUAUUUUAUACUGUAAACACUCUAUAAUCCAUCUAAUAAUCCAGUCACCAAUCAAACGACCCCCUAUGAGUAAGCACUUGGUGACAGUGGAAAGGAAAAACUUCCUUAUUAACAUGAAAAAAAAACCUUGGCUAGCUUGGCUUAGCUUAGCAUCAACUCUUGAAAAGGUGAAAAAGGCUAGUUUCUGUACUUCCAAAGCUCCUUGUUUAUUCUGGAGAUUUUUAUUUGUGCAAAAGUUAAAGAUGACUUGUUUUAGGCAGGAGAAUUUUUUGAAUUUAUUUUAUGAGUGUUGCCAUCAAAUAAGGACAAAAGUCACCUCCAGCUUUUUGUAAAACUGGGCCUUUUAGCAUAAGAGCUUUAACAUAAUAUAGUGUUUAAAUGGAGCCGCUCUUAUUUUUUCUUUUUUCUUUUUUAAAAAAAGAGAACAUUUUUAUUUUAAUUAGCGCCAAAUUUCCUUUUUUUUUUUUUAUAAUUUUUCUUCAAGGAAACUUCCUGGUAAUAAGUGUUGGACCUUUAGACAAAACCUCAGUGAUAGUUUCUGCGUGUCCUCUGAUCUGUUAAAAGCACAAGUCAGGUGACGUUAAACAUAUUUAAAGUAUUUCUUCAGCCAGGUUUUUGGGUUUUUUUCCUCUCAGAUGAGUUAUUUUUAGGCUCAUCUGGGAUCUGCUGUGUUUUCCAUCUAUUGCACUACUUCCAUUACUGAGGUUUACAUGACGAGGUUUCCAUCUUCAGCGCAACUGUUUUAGGACGCUGUCACUCUGAUCUCCUCGUGUAUAUUUUUUAUAAUUAUUUAUUCUUUUAUUAUCCGUGUCAUUCUGCUCUUUCUGAGAUUAAACAGGAAAUUAUAAAAAAAAAAGGAUUUCAAAGGAACUAUGAGUUAUUUUUACUGGCUAUAAGAUUGAAGUUUGUUUUGUUUCUGUGCUUGAGGUCGAGAGCAAAGACCUGAAUUAACGCUGUAUUAACGCACAUCCACCAAACUGUUGUGUAAUCCUGCAUGCAAGCUGAUGAUUUUUUUUAAUCAUGUAUCUGACGGAAAUGAGAUGUUUUUAAGUGUGGCAUGCUUCGUGUGCAGACUUUGUCUGAGUGCAGUCGAAAGACAGUUCAUUGUAUGAAUGUAUGAUGUGCCUUGUUCUGCCUAUAACAUGACACUCAGUCUUCUUUUUCACAAAGCUACAUGAGUUAAAACAUGUUGAAAAUGUAAAGACAUUUAUAAAACAUUUAUUACGUGAAAAA